GGAAAGUGAGCCGGUGCGCAGGCGCAGUGGUCACACGACAGACUGUGUGUUUCCAAAAUGGCGGCGGCGAUGGAUGUGGAUACCCCCAGCGGCACCAACAGCGGCGCGGGCAAGAAGCGCUUUGAAGUUAAAAAGUGGAAUGCAGUGGCCCUCUGGGCCUGGGACAUUGUGGUUGAUAACUGUGCCAUCUGCAGGAACCACAUUAUGGAUCUUUGUAUCGAAUGUCAGGCCAACCAGGCGUCAGCUACUUCCGAAGAGUGUACGGUUGCAUGGGGAGUCUGCAACCAUGCUUUUCAUUUCCACUGCAUCUCUCGAUGGCUCAAAACGAGGCAGGUGUGUCCGUUGGACAACAGAGAGUGGGAGUUCCAGAAGUAUGGGCAUUAGGAAAGACUUUCCCGCAAGGCGUACCCAUCUGUUACUCGUCUAGUGACUUCCUGUUAAUUAUACAUUAGAUAGAACCAUGGUCCUUUUUCGUUCCUUUGUUUUUGGAGUUUGGUGUUCCCGCAGCCAUAUUGUAUUUUGUGUCAAAUAAAGCCUUUAAGUUGGAGGUGGUUGCUGUUUCAUGUAUGUGGAGAGUGAUCUGAGAAGGAGCCAGAAAGCCAGAAAGGCAGCCUCAAGAAGUGCUCUGUUCUUAAGGAGAACACACUUGGCCCAUGGGUUCAUCUUCACAAGGUCACGAGGAACCUGUCAGAGUCGGGAGUGCGGGUAACUGGCACCUGGAAACCCCUCCAGCUCUGUCUUCCUUCUGAGAUAGCACCAGGCAGGAAUGAGGAAGAACAUGGCAGCCUUGGACCAGCCAGGUCUGCUCUGAGUUUUCAUCUCAUGAUGGAGUCUAAGAACGAGUGACUGGCAUCAAGUGGGCACAGGAAGGCUUUGUAAACUCUAAACACUACAGGGUUAGCAGUGACUGUGAAUGACAUGCAGCAAUCUCUAGAACAAAAGUUGACCCAAAAAAUCGUACUGUGUAAUCUUGGCUGGCAAUAAAGUCAUCAUAAAGUUCACCUGAAAACUGAUGUUUGGACAGUUUGCAUAUAUGCCUGUAAUCCCAGGUACUUGGAAAUUAGGUAAAGAUCCUUUGAGUCCAGGAGACCUUGUUUCUAAAACAGAAAUUCUAGUUUGGGGUCUAGGGGGCGCUGUAGCUCAGCUGUAAGGCCCCGUGUUCAAUUGCUGGCAUAAAUUUCAAAAAAAGAAAAAGGUAGAAAUUGAAUUAGCAAGAGCUUAAGUUUUCUUUAAACAUGCUGGCCAGGGCCAGGCAGUGGUGGUGCAUGCCUUUAAUCCCAACACUUGGGAGCCAGAGGCAGGCAGAUUUCUGAGUUUGAGGCCAGCCUACAGAGUGAGUUUCAGGACAACCAGGGCUAUAUAAAGAAACCCUGUUGCCAAAAAAACAAAAACAUGCCGGCCAGGGAAGGAGCGGCCAUCCUGAUGCUGGUUCAGUGGCUGUAUUCUACCGAGACACCGUUUCUGUUGCUGUGGUUUUCAUGUAGUUAACAGAUCCUACAAAGGUCUUGAAAUCCUUCAGGGGAGUUUUCCUUUCUCCGGUGCCACUACUUCAACUGUCUUCUGUUGUCAAGCAGAAAAAGAUUGCAAAAAUGUGAAACAAUGCUGUCAUUCUUGUUUUCAAAGUUAAUUUUAAUAAAAAUAUUUAUGUUAAUGGC